AUGAUGUUUCCAAAUCCAGAGACUCCAACCAGCCUUGAUGAUUUCCUGCCAAGCAUCAGGACAACACGCACACACACUCAUACUUGCAACCCGCCUGGUCCAUCGGCAACAGCGCACACGCAUACAUGCUACCACACCCACACCCAUGUCUUCAGCUCAGAUGAUGAUAGUUGUGGAGGUGACAAAGCCAAGCCAAAGAAGGGCCGCAAGCCAUUGGGCAACCGUGAGGCUGUCCGCAAAUACCGGCAGAAGAAGAAGGCUCAUACAGCACACUUGGAAGAGGAAGUGAAGAGGCUUCGUGCCAUUAACCAGCAGCUGGUGAAGAGGCUGCAAGGGCAGGCUGCACUUGAGGCGGAGGUGGUAUGGUUGAGGUCGUUACUGGUGGAUGUGCGAUCAAGGAUCAAUGGUGCAUUGGGUAGUUACCCGUUCCAAGCACAAUGUGGAGUUAAUAAUGUUUUGGGUUGUGAUGGAAUGGCUCAGUGCUUUGCUGGAAAGCCGGAGUUGGAUACUCUGUCCAAUUUUAUGGGUGGUUGGGUGUGGGGAUAUUCUCUAGGAGUUGUUAACUAUGCACUUGACACAAAUCUGCAACAGUCAGCUGGAGAUCCCUGA